AUGGCAGUGGCCUUUUUCAGCAGGAUAAUGCCCCCUGCCAAACUGCAAAAUAUCUUCAGGAAUGGUUUGAGGAACAUGACAAAGAGUUCAAAUUGUUGCACAGCCCAUCCAAUUUCCCAAGAUCUCAAUCUGAUUGAGCAUGUGUGGGAUGUGCUGGGAAAAACAAAUCAGAUCCAUGAAGAUCCCACCUCGCAACUUAGAGGACUUAAAGGAUCUGUUGCCUUGGUGCAAGAUACCAGACGACACGUUCAACGGUCUUUCAGACUCCAUGCAUCGACAGACAUGUUAUAUCAUAUUCUUUUGCUGUUGGUGGUUUUGGUGUCAGUGGAGCAUGAAUCCUUUGCAGCACUAGUAAAUGAGGAGCUCACCCACUCAAACACCAUCAGAGAUGUCAAGACGACCCAGAACCUCACCAGGACCAACUUUGAACAUUUGGAGAAACUGAGGAACAGAUCCAGUUAUGUUGCAAGGAGCUGUAAAGAGAUCAGGGACCGAUAUAAUGCACAUGAAGAUGGGUUGUACUACCUGACAACUGCUAACGGCAUGGUCUAUCAGACUUUCUGUGAUAUGACUACUGCGGGAGGCGGCUGGACUCUGGUGGCAAGUGUCCAUGAGAACAGCGUUUAUGGAAAAUGCACAGUGGGCGACCGCUGGUCCAGCCAACAGGGCAACAAUGCUAACAUGCCAGAUGGAGAUGGGAACUGGUCCAAUAGAAACACCUUUGGAACAGCAGAGAGCGCCACUUCAGAUGAUUUUAAGAAUCCAGGUUACUAUGAUAUAGUAGCAGAAGACAUGUCUGUGUGGCACGUUCCCAACACCUUCCCACUGGAGCACUGGAGCCUGGCAGCCAUCCUCCGCUACCACACUAACAACCGCUUCCUUCGUCUGUACGGGGGGAACCUCUUUAAGCUCUUCACGCAAUAUCCAGUGAGAUACAACAUUGGCUCGUGCAGCAACAGAGGGCCAGCUAUUCCCAUUGUGUAUGAUCAUGGAGACAGAGAGUCCACCAGAAACUUAUAUGGACCCAACCCAAGAAGGGAGUUUGAAGCAGGUUUCAUCUCCUUCAGAGCAAUAAACAAUGAACGUGCAGCCAUGGCUAUCUGCUCUGGGGUUAAACCAACUGGAUGCAACACUGAACAUUACUGCAUAGGAGGAGGUGGAUACUUCCCUCAACUCCCCCCUCAUCAGUGUGGGGACUUCCCCUCAUUUGACUAUGACAGACUGGGAUAUUCACAGGGUUGGAGCGCCUCCAAAGAGAUGACUGAGGCGGCUGUUUUACUCUUCUACCGCUGAUGGCCAAACUACAUCAUAGCUGUCUGAAAAUUUAAUUUUUAAC